AUGAACAAAAUUAUAAAAGAGUCUACCAACUUCUCCAGAUAUCUACGAACUGGCGGUGUACUCAACAGUCUUCGGACCACAUCUAAGUUUGUUUACAUUAAUAACAAUUCAUAUUUAACUCAUGGAGGUUUUGAUGGCAAUGUAGCUACUAUUUUCAAUAUUUCAGAAUUCAAUUACAUCAAUUCUUCGGCCAAGGGGUCACUUCUAACUUAUAAAAGCAUUACCUUCUUUUGUCCAAGAUAUUUCAAGAAACGGCCUUUAGGGAGACAUGCGAAGGGAAAAGGCAAAUCUGACGAAAAGAUUCUAUAA